GGAUAAUGAUGUGAACAAUCCUGAGUCUCAGCUGAAACUUUUAUCAGAUUUUGGGUUAAAAACUGAACACACUGAUGAAGCCCGGGAGUCUUCACCCAGCAGGGUCUCUGAGUCAAGUGUGAACAGGGUCCACAACAAAAAUGGACUGAAGCCAUUUAGUUGUGAUGUUUGUGGGAGAAUGUUCAAUCAUAAGGGACAUUUUAAAAGUCAUAUAAGAAUCCACACAGGACAGAAGCCCUUUUUUUGUCAACUGUGUGAACGAAAGUUUAGCGAAAAUGGAGAUUUAAGCAGACACAUGAAAAUUCACACAGGACAGAAGCCCUUUUCUUGUGAUCUGUGUGAAAAAAGGUUUACUGAAAAGAGUAAUUUAAAAAAACACAUGAUGACCCACACAGGACAGAAGCCAUUUUCUUGUGAUCUAUGUGGCCGACAGUUUAAAAGAAGGGAAAGUUUAAUCGGACACAUGAAGAUCCACACAGAACAGAAGCCGUUCUCUUGUUAUCUGUGUGAAAAAAGGUUUACUGAAAAGGGAGAUUUAAAGAGACACAUGAAAAUCCACACAGGACAGAAGCCCUUCUUUUGUGAUCUGUGUGAAAAAAGAUUUUCUGAAAAGAGUAAUUUAUACAGACACAUGAUGAUCCACAGAGGACAGAAACCCUUUCCUUGUGAUAUGUGUGAAAAAAUGUUUACUGAAAAGAGUAAUUUAACCAGACACAUGAUGAUCCAUACAGGACAGAAGCCAUUUCUUUGUGAUCUGUGUGAAAAAAGGUUUACUGAAAAGAGUAAUUUAAAAAAACACAUGAAACUCCACACUGGACAGAAGCCAUUUUGUUGUGAUAUAUGCGGCCGACAGUUUACAAGACGGGACAGUUUAAACGGACACAUGAAAAUCCACAGAGCAGAAGCCAUUGUGACCUGUGUGACAAAAGAUUUACAAAAAAGAGUAAUUUAAACAGACACAUGAACUCUGCACAGUACAGAAGCCAUUUUGUUAUUUGUUUGACCAUAUGUUUACCAGUAAGGCCAAUUUAAACAAACGCAUGACAAUCCACGAUGUGGGGGACAAAAGUAAUUUAAAAGAACUCGUAGGCAAGAAGCCACACACAUACUAAUAUAUUUCAAUUUAUUUUUACAUGCCUGAAUCUGGUAAUGAACAACAUAAUUUCAUUAGUUUUGAC